UAGCCCACGUUGCAGCCGGAACAUAUACACGCACGGAGGGAACGGAAGCGCCGCCGCCGCCGCCGCCGCAGUUUCGCACGCGCAGAUGGAGGCUGGGCUGCCGCCUGAAUCGCCGCCGGCAAAGACGCAAACUGCUCCCUCCUCACUAGGUUCUCUUCUCUUGAUUCGUCAUCUAUCUCCUUCCUCCUACUUGAUACGGCCUAUGGGGACACAGUAACGACGGCAAUGAAGAUGGCAAGCAGGCCAGGCCGCAUCGACAGAGAGGAGGCGUGGUAAGCUCUAGCAUAUAUUAUAAGGAAAAAUAAAUAAAACCGUGAGAUGUGGCUGAGUAAUAUAGAGUCCUACACAGACACAACCAAACACCUGGCCAUCUUUUUUCACGAUAUACAAACAAUUGCUUUGAGAUACCCUUUUGCUGCUUUGCUCUGGUGGUAGUUCCUGCGCAAGCAGUGCGGGGAGUUCCUGCAAUUCCAAAUCCAAAGGAAGAAAAGCUUCUACGAUCUACUCGCUAUAGAGACGAUGUACACAAGUCCCGCUCGUCCGCCGAAAUUGUUCGUCGUUCCCUUCUCCCACCAAAAACGUUAAACCUGGCACCGGCAACCUACCCAAAAACCCUAUCUGGGGCGACCCAAAAUCUGCAACUGCGCUCCUCCUUCCCCCCGUCCACCAGCCAUUCUCCUCCCGCGGUCCCACUUCAUCGCCUUCACCGUGCGAGGCUGCUGUCGGCGGCAGCCGGUGAUGCUGCCGUUUCAGAUGAUGGUCUGCAACUCCAAGACGGAAAUAAAGUCACAAAAGGUGGUGGUGGGAACAUGGUUACUGCCACAAAGAAGGGUGCUGCUGUGCUGGAUCAACACAUUCCUGACCACAUAAAACAGGCCUAUCAUGUCUUGCAAGUGGGUGAUCAGAUCUAUGAUGCCACCUUGAACCAGACUAAUGUGGGUAACAACAACAAUAAGUUCUAUAUCAUCCAGGCUUUAGAAUCUGAUGCUGGUGAACACUUCAUGGUUUACCAUAGAUGGGGUAGAGUAGGAGCAGGAGUCCAAGAUAAGCUACUUCCCUUUCAAACACGAGGCCGAGCAAUCUAUGAAUUUAAGAGGAAGUUUCAGGAAAAAACUAGUAACCUUUGGUCUAACCGCAAAAAUUUUAAACCUUAUGCAAAUAAAUACACUUGGCUUGAAACGGACUACGGUGAAACUGAGAAGGAAACCAACAAGACUGAGAAGAAAGGCUCCAUUACUAAUCGGAUAAAAGAGACACAGCUAGAAACUCGAACUGCACAAUUCAUAUCCCUGAUUUGCGAUAUUAGCAUGAUGAAGCAGCAAAUGGUGGAAAUAGGUUAUAAUGCUGAUAAACUUCCCCUUGGAAAGCUAAGCAAAUCUACAAUACUGAAGGGUUAUGAUGUCCUGAAAAGGAUAUCCAAUGUUAUUUCAAUGGCAGACAAGGGACAGCUUGAGCAAUUGACUGGGGAAUUCUACACCGUGAUUCCACAUGACUUUGGUUUCAGAAAGAUGAGUGAAUUUAUUAUCGACACUCCUGAGAUACUAAAAGCUAAGCUGGAAAUGGUUGAAGCACUAGGUGAGAUUGAGAUUGCAACCAAGCUUUUAGAGGAUGAUUCAAGUGACCAGGAUGAUCUGCUAUAUGCUCGAUACAAGCAACUUCGUUGUGACUUCACACCUCUUGAAGCUGAUUCAGAAGAAUACUCUAUGAUAAAAACAUAUUUGAUGAACACCCAUGAAGAAACACACUCGGGCUAUACUGUGGACAUUGUGCAAAUAUUUAAGAUGUCACGGCAUGGUGAAACAGAGCGGUUUCAAAAGUUUGCUAGUACAGGAAAUAGGAUGCUUUUGUGGCAUGGUUCUCGGUUGAGCAACUGGGCAGGGAUCCUUUCUCAGGGUCUGCGAAUUGCUCCCCCUGAAGCACUGUUCGGCAAGGGUGUUCACUUUGCUGAUAUGUUUUCAAAAAGUGCAAACUACUGCUGCGCUUCAAAAGCAUCUAGAUCUGGAGUCCUGCUUCUAUGUGAGGUUGCAUUGGGCGAUAUGAAUGAGCUACUAAAUGGAGAUUACAAUGCUAAUAACCUACCCAAGGGAAAGCUAAGCACAAAAAGAGUUGGUCAAAUGACGCCUGACCUAACAACGUCUAGGACCACUGAUGAUGGUGUGCUUGUUCCACUUGGGAAACCUACUAAACACGAAUCGUCCAAAACGGCUUGCUUGCGUUACAACGACUACAUAGUGUAUAAUGUAGAUCAGAUAAAAAUGCGGUAUGCCCUCCAUGUCACCUUCAACUUCAAGAGAUGCUAGAUUCUGUUGCAACAAGCUGAAGACGUUGCUAAGAUCCAUUGGCGGAACGGAACACAUGAACAUUCACCCAAGAUGUCAUCCUCUUUUUUCUGAGCAUAUUAGCUAGGUAGCCUUUGACAUUUUGGUGUGAUUCCAAAGCUUGUAGCAGCUUCUUGAUGGCUGUUGCUCAGUGCAUCCGUUUAUCGGCAUAUUUGAUCUGCUUA